AUGGGUCUGGGGGGGGGGGCAGGAUGGGUCCGGAUCGGGCCGAACCCGAACCGGCAGGGGGCGCUGUUGGUUCCGGACCGGCCCGCUCCGGAGCGCUUCCAGCGCAGCGACGCGUCGCCGGUUCCGUCCCUCGUUGGUUCCGGUGUGCGCCCCCCUGUGUCGGUUAUCGCGUCGCGCAAGCGCCUUUGUUCAAGCCCCGGGUUGUGCCAACAACUGGACCCGAACCUGCGGCACCGGGACAACAUCGCACCCACGGCACAACGCUGCCCCACGUUCCUGGACAUCGUGAUCCUCCUGGACGGCUCCAACAGCAUUUACCCAUGGCACGAGGUGCAGCGCUUCCUGCAGGCGCUGCUGGGCCGCUUCCAUGUGGGGCCGCAGCAGAGUCAGGUUGCAGUGCUGCAGUACGGGCAGCGCGUGGUGCAGGAGUGGCCGCUGGGUCGGUACCGAUCGGCUGCGGAACUUGUGGAGGCGGCUCAGAAAAUCCAGCGCAGGGAGAGCAGAGAAACCAGAACAGCAGCGGCCAUCAGCAAAGCGUGCUCGCAGUUCUUCCUCCCAUCCGCCGGGGGGCGCCGUGACGCGUCGCGGUUGUUGUUGGUGGUGACGGACGGGGAGUCGCACGACGGGGAACAACUACCGGAAGCGCUGAGGGCAUGUGACCGGAACCACGUGACCAGGGCGGGAAUCGCCGUGCUGGGUCACUACCUGCGCCGGCAGCGCAGCCCGCAGCGUUUCCUGCGCGAGGUUUUGUCCAUCUGCAGCCGCCCCCAGUUCUGCUUCAACGUCAGCGACGAGAGCGCGCUGCAACGCAUUGCAGGGGUGCUGGGGGACAGGAUCUUCAGCAUCGAGGGGACCCACGGGGACAACGAGAGCGCCUUCGGGUUGGAGAUGGCACAGAGCGGGUUCUCUGUUCACCCCCUGCAGGACGGGCUCCUCUUUGGGGCCGUUGGUGCCUUCGAUUGGGACGGGGCCGUGCUGGAGCGGAGCAGCCGCGGGCUCAGCGUCCCCACGCGGGAUCAGCUCCACAACCAGUUCCUAAUGGGGCCGGAGAACCACGCGGCCUAUCUGGGUUACUCGGUGUCGGCGCUGCGGUUCCCCCACGGGCGGCAGCUCCUGGUGGGCGGAGCGCCGCGGUUCCGCCAUCGGGGGGCGGUUCUGCUGUUCCAAAUGGGCCCGAACGGAACCGUGAGGGUGGAACAGACCCUGAAUGGGGAACAGCUGGGCUCGUACUUCGGUUCCGUGUUGUGCCCGCUGGAUCUCGAUGCUGACGGUGUCACUGACGUUCUGCUGGUGGCGGCUCCCAACUUCCUCCAUAAGGGAUGGGACAGCGGCCGCGUCCACGUCUACAGGGUGAUGGAGCACUCGGUGCCGGUUCUGGUCCCGGUGUCGGUUCUGGUCCCGGUUCCGGUCCCCCAGGAUUCCCGGUUCGGGUCGGCGCUGGCGGCGCUGCCGGAUCUCAAUGGGGACGGGUGGGGGGACGCGGCGGUGGGGGCGCCGCUGGAGGACCGACACCGGGGGGCGCUGUACAUCUUCCACGGCCACAGCGGGACGGUGCGGCCACGGCACGCGCAGGUGGGACCCAUAGACAUCACUGACCCCAUAGACAUCAGUGACCCCAUAGACAUCAGUGACCCCAUAGACAUCACUGAGCCCAUAGACAUCAGUGACCCCAUAAUCCCGUUCUUUAAGGACUGUGGGGAGGACGAUGUGUGUGUCACCGACCUGGUGCUCAACGCCACCAUGAGGCCAAUGGGAGAUGGUGCGGUUCCGGUUCUGGUCCGUUCCGGUCGCCGUAAGCUCCGUGUGGACGCGGUUCUUCAGAACCGCCAUGAAAACGCCUACAACGCCCGCGUGGCGCUGAGCUGCUCCAGCAACGUGCACAUGGCCAGCGCCACAACGGUUGGCAGCGCAGUGAGGUUGGAGUGCACGGCAUUGGGGGAGCACCAGCAGCUGUGCAGUGUGGGGUACCCCGUACUGCGCCCCAUGGCCAAGGUGGUUUUUGUGCUGGAGUUGGAGUUCAGCUGCUCCGAGCUGCUCAACCGGGUGGAGCUGGAGCUGGAGGCCACGAGGUUCGGGAUGGGGGACGAAUCCACCCUGCACCGUUACGAGGUUCAUCCGCUCGGUACGUUCCCGCACGGCCCCGGCCCCGAGUUCAGCACCACGGUGAAGGUUCACAACUCCGGCUGUUUCCCGGUUCGGGACGUUUCUCUGCUCGUUUCUCUCCCCUCGUUCGGGUCCGGCCGGGUCCCGGUGCUGUCAAUCACCGCAGUGAGGGCGGACAAUGCCACGUGUGAGCUGCGGGACCCCCCCAACGGCAGCGUUGCAGCCGUGCACCCCAUGGACCUGCACCGUGUGGGCCGGAUGUCCAUGUGUCCGUCCAUCUCUGUCCAUCUCUGUCCAUCCGUGUCCGUCCGUCCCGUUGUCCCUCAGUCUGUUCUCGAGGUUUUGCGCCGCCGCCGCGUCCCGGUGUCGCUGUGGAUCCUGGUGGGCAGCGCGGUGGGGGGGCUGCUGCUGCUGGCGGCCAUCAGUGUCUGCCUAUGGAAGUUCGGUUUCUUCACCCGCACGAAGCCCCCCGAGGAGGAGGAGCAGCAUUGACCCAGCAUUGACCCCAGCAUUGAACCCAGCAUUGACCCCAUUGGUGCCCCCCCUCCCCCCUGCAGCCCCCCAUGAGGGGCUGCGACACCCCCAACCCCCCCCCCUGGGUCCCGCACUUCGAGACGGACAGCAGCGGGGCUGGUACCGGGUACGGACACUGUGGGGUGUGGGGCCGAUGGGGCCAAUGGGAUCUAUGGGUCCGUGGGGCCCAUUGGGUCUAUAUAGGGUCUAUAUGGGGUCUAUGGGGCGGGUGGGGCCGAGCGAUACCGGCGGGGGGAGGAGCUGAAACAAUAAACAGACGGUACCGGGUGCCACCAAUGGGUCCCUUCCAUCCCACCCCAUCCCAUUCAAUUCCAUUCCAUCCCAUAAUAUUCCAUCCCAUCCCAUCCAAUUCCACUCCAUCCCAUAAUAUUCCAUCCCA